AACCACAUCCCGACAAGUAGUUGCAAAGCUUUCCUUCUUGUCACCACGGGUCACUAUGACAUCUUAUGGACCCCGCACAUCGCUUCCUCCGGGUACUGCCUACCCCGGAGCUGCUGGAGGAGCCGCUCCAGCUGGCAUGUAUCAGAUUCCGGAGGGGAAAUCCACGACUACCAUCUACUCCUUCAUUCGCGAUGGGCGAUAUACGGACGUCAUCAAGCUCUUGAGCAACGAACUAAAUUCCUUUCCGGAAAGUCGUCCAAUUCUUAGCUUAAUGGCAUACUGCUAUUUCAUGCUGCAAGAUUUUCAAGAAGCCGCGAAUUGCUACGAACAGCUUUCAAAAUUUCAUCCCGAGGUUGAUGUGUACCGGCUGUACCACGCGCAAAGUUUGUACAAGGCCGGCUUGUAUGAUGAAGCACUCAAAGCGUCCGCCACUGUCGAAACAGGUGAAUUUGGGGUCAAGGUGCUUAAACUACAAGCAGCUAUAAAGUAUUGCACUAACGAUCUGGGGGAGUGCAAGAUCUUAAACGAACAUAGUCCAGCAGAUGACGCGGACAGCAUUGUAAAUCAUGCCAGUCUCUUAUUCAAAGAAGGCAAAUAUGAAGAUGCAUGUGCACAGUAUCUGGACGCGAUGAAAAUGAUAGGAUAUCAAGCGGAACUCUCCUACUAUGUAGCAUUAUGCCACUACAUGCUGAAGCAAUAUGUGCCUGCACUGAAGUACAUUGCCGAUAUAAUUGAGCGAGGUAUUCGAGAACAUCCUGAGCUCAGCGUUGGGAUGGCCACCGAAGGCAUUGAAGUUCGCAGUGUUGGCAACUCGCAGAUUUUGCAUGAGACCUACUUGAUCGAAGCCUUCAAUCUAAAAGCUGCCAUUGAAUAUCAUUUGAAGAAUCUUGAUGCAGCCAGAGAAGCCUUGACAGACAUGCCGCCGCGACACGAGCAGGAGCUGGAUCCGGUUACUCUGCAUAAUCAAGCCCUCAUGAACAUGGAGGACGAUCCGACAGGAGGUUUCGAAAAGUUGAAUUUCUUGUUGCAACAGGAGCCCUCUCCGCCAGAAGCCUUUGGCAACCUACUACUUCUCUACAUCAAAUAUCAGUACAUCGACCUUGCCGCCGAUUUGAUGGCAGAGAAUCCACAAUUAGCGUCCUCGACUUUGGAACCGUACCUUUACGAGUUUGUCGAGGCCACUUUACUGCGCCAAUCAUCUGCCGAAGAAGCCUACAACAGAUUCGAUGAUCUCGCAACCAAGCACGCAGAUAUUUUGCGUAAGUUGACCAGACAAGUGCAGGAGGCAAGGCAGAAUCAUGAUGAAGAAGCUGUUAAGAGGGUCGUGAAUGAAUAUGAUGAUGCCGUGGAAAGAUAUAUUCCGGUCUUAAUGGCACAGGCCAAGAUCUAUUGGGAUCGUGAGAACUAUCAUAUGGUGGAAAAGAUCUUUCGGAAGAGCGUUGAAUUUUGCAACGAGCACGACAUAUGGAAACUCAAUGUGGCUCAUGUGCUGUUCAUGCAAGAGAGUAAAUACAAGGAAGCCAUCUCUUUCUAUGAACCAAUAGUGAAGAAGCAGUAUGACAACAUUUUGAGUGUUACGGCAAUCGUCCUUGCCAACCUUUGCGUUUCUUACAUCAUGACCUCCCAAAAUGAGGAAGCGGAGGAGCUAAUGCGAAAAAUCGAGAAGGAGGAGGAACGUCUUGCUUAUGAUGACCCUUCAAAACGAACCUAUCAUCUCUGUAUUGUCAACUUGGUGAUUGGUACUUUGUACUGUGCGAAAGGGAACUACGAAUUUGGGAUAAGUAGGAUUAUGAAGAGCUUAGAACCAUUUAACAAGAAGUUGGGAACGGAUACUUGGUACUAUGCGAAACGCUGCUUUACCUCUCUGUUCGAGAUGCUGGCAAAACAUAUGAUAUUGCUCAAAGACUCCGUGUUUCAAGAAGCCCUCCAAUUUUUCGAUAAUUGCGAGCUUCAUGGUCGACAGAUUCCGACCGUUGUAAAUCCAUCAGCACCAGCUUCUCCUGGCACUGCUGCAGUGGGAAGACCAGAUGCAACUAGUUCAGCUCGGACACGUGAUGCUGCGAAGAACAACGUCAGUAGCGAGGCACGGCUUCUUAAAAGCCUGUAUUUAAGACUGUACGAGUGAACUGUAAUGAAUAUUGUAAAAAGUCUCAGAGCAUAUCUAAUAUUGAGGUGGAAAGAAAUCCCAGCAGUUUGCCGAAAGCCAACUGCAGUACAUUGAUUAUCCAGCU